ACCCACAAUUCCUUGCAUCAAAAUAAGAGGGAUGGCAGACGAGGUUCUGUUUGAGUUCUUUCACAUGGAAAUUGUUGGUCAGUUCUUACAGUCAGCGAGAAAAGAUGAAAAGGAAAGUGCAUUCACCAAGCUUGAAUUCCUUGGUUACAGAGUGGGCCAGAGACUCGUAGAAAGAUUUACAAAAGAAGUUCCACGUUUUAAAGAUGAAUUAGACACCAUGAAAUUUAUAUGCAAGGACCUGUGGACAUCUUGUUACAAAAAACAAAUUGACAAUCUUAGAACAAAUCACCAGGGUGUUUAUGUAUUACAGGACAAUAAAUUUAGGCUACUUACACAAAUAUCAGAGGGGAAACAAUAUAUGGAGUAUGCCCCACAGUUUUUAGCCUUUCCCUGUGGUUUGAUCAGAGGUGCUCUGAGCAAUCUAGGAAUUGCUAGUAAUGUUACUGCUGAAGUUAGUGCAAUGCCAGCUUGUAAAUUCCAAAUUCAGAUCCAAAGGUUAUAGCAGAGUUUAGCCUGACUUAAUGCUGGACAUCAGACUGAGUGUAUUAAAGACUUUUUUUAUCUACUCAAGCAAGACAUGGUGGUUUUUAAUAUUCAUUUUGCUUAUUGAGAGACACAAAUUGUAUAACUUUUGCCACCAAAUGUGCUCUUCUGCCAGAUGAAAUGGGUCAAAUGAAGACUUCUCAGCACAGAAAUUCACGCUGUCAUAUGAACUGAAAUCCAGGAAAGUAGAUGGUGGAAAUUGUCUGUAAAACACAUUUAAAAAGUCGAAUGAAUGUAGGUGUAGAGUAGUUGCUUGAGAUGUAUAAUCCAGGAGACAGAGUAUAGAUUCUUGGCAGCACAUUGUCUGAGAAUAACAUUUCUGAUGAUUCCCUUUUCUAGAAGAGCUAAGGAGAAUCUCAAUCUGAAUGUGGACAAUGCAUUGAGUUGCAGAAAUCCUGUGAGGCCAUACAGUGCUGUUAGUGCUGCCUUAUCUGGGAUAUCAAUAAUACAGCAAAGAGACUUAUUGUGGCCAUUUCCUGUUCCUGAAACACCAAUAGAUAUCAAGAUAGCUUACAGGCCAUAUGAAGCUCUUAUUGAGUUGCAAGUUUUCCUAUUUGUUCAUUGUUGAGACCAUUGUUAAAUGUUUGUGUGCCAGUUAGAACAUCCCAGUGGGUCAUGUUUGGAAUGAGACACAGAUGCUCCUAAUGUAAUUACCCACCCCCCUCUGUGUACUAGCUGGUGUACGUAUUCUAGUCCUCAGGACUAGUUACAGUAGCUUUCCUUUACUGUUUUUUUUUUCUUAUUAUAAGUCCUUUGUAUGCCUCACUGUUUAAUUGCACUCUGGGUUUCAGGUUUUUUAUAGAUAAUUAAUUUCCUCCCUCCAUCUCUAAGAGCUUGUCCAGUACGCUUUCAUGUUAGGGGCUGUCAAAGUCCUUAUCAA